AUGCUCGAGCCGGUAGAAGCCGAAUUCGCCCAGCCUCCUAUCUUCAACGAUCGCCAGGAAGAGGCCUUCCGCGAAGAAGAUAUCGAGGAGUCAAACACCAUCUCAAAAUUCAAAGAAAACCCUUCCGUCACUGCUCGCAAGUCCGACACUAUCCCCUCCGAAGCCACCACUCUUCAAGGCCAUCGUUCGGAAGAGCAACUUCCUGAGAAGGCAGACAUUGAGAAAGGCCAUGGUGACAGGAUCAUCGUCGAGUUUGCGGAGGGAGAGAACCCCAAGGAAUGGACCAAGGGUAGUCGAUGGUGGGCUACUAUUACUGCAUCAGUACUGUGCCUCGCCGUUGCCCUCGGAAGUGCGAUGCCCACAGGUGACCUUCCCGGAACUGCCGAGACUCUCAACGUGUCCAAUGAAGUUAUAUAUCUAUCCAUCUCGCUCUUUGUUGCCGGCUUCGGUAUUGGACCCCUCUUGUUUGCACCUUUGAGUGAAGUUGUUGGCCGUCGACCCAUCUACUGCGUCAGCAUGGUCUUCUACUUUUUGUUCACCCUUCCAAGCUGUCUUGCUCCGAACAUUGCUACCAUGCUUGCCGGUCGCAUGAUCGCUGGUCUUGCUUCGUCUGCCCCUUUCACCAACGUUGGAGGAACCAUUUCUGACGUCUGGGCCGUCCACGAGAGAGGAUUCCCCAUGGCCGUAUUCAGUUCCACUCUCUUCAUGGGCCCUUGUCUCGGUCCCCUCUUCGGAGGAUGGAUCGCUCUGGAAACGCGACAGUGGCGCUGGAUCUACUGGGUCCUCUUCAUCAUCACCGGCGCUUGUAUCAUCAUGUCCAUCUUUACUCCCGAGACUCUUGCGCCUGUGCUCCUCCGCAAGAAGGCGAACAAGCUCAACAAGGAGCACAACACUGAUGUUUACGUGACCGAACACGACCUGAACCGACUUCCUUUCUCGGAGACGAUGAAGAUUGCGUUGCUCAGGCCGAUCCAGUUGAUGUUCCAAGAGAUGAUAAUCAUCUUCUUUACUAUCUACCUGUCCUUCAUCUACGCCUUGCUUUAUGCCACUUUCUUCGCCUUCCCCAUCGCUUUUGAGGAGAUUCGAGGCUGGAACAUGGGUAUGACUGGUGUCUCUUUGGUUUCCAUCAUCAUAGGUAUCGCCAUCGCGAAUCUCUUGAUGCCCAUCCAGGAGAAGCUUUACAAGAGGCACUGUGAAAAGCACGGCUCGGUUCCCGAGGCUCGUCUUUACCCUAUGAUGCUCGGUGCCAUCACCCUUCCCAUCGCCAUGUUCAUCAUUGCUUUCACCUCUUACCCCGGCAUUUCCUGGGUCGGGCCCUGCAUGGGUGGUAUCAUCUUUGGUUUCAGCAUGGUUAUCAUCUACAUUUCUGGAAACUCUUACAUUGUUGAUUCUUACUCCAACUAUGCUGCCUCGGCCAUUUCUGCCAAGAACAUGACUCGAUCUCUCAUUGGCGCUUCUGUUCCUCUCUGGAUCACUCAGUUGAUUCACAAUCUCCAAUUCCAAUACGGCAUGCUCUUCCUGGCCCUCUUCUCCGUCGUCAUAGGCCCCAUCCCGUACUUCUUCUACUACAAGGGUGCUUCUGUUAGGCGCAGGUCCAAGAGGGCUACCGCCUAG